UUUUAGCGCAGUUUAUUAUAGGAGAAGCGCAGUGAGGUGGAGCUGCUGGAUUCACAUACAGAGCAGCUACAGAGCUGAUGGACUAACAGCAGCAGCAGCAGAAGGUUAAUUGAUCUUUCCUCAGUUUUCCACACAAUCACGGGCUACUAAACUGAUCCUGGAUGGACCUGGGCGAGCACAGUUGGUCCACAGUAAAGCGUGAAGUGUCCAGUAAUCCGGGCUCACCGACCAACCAAACCUGUGUGCACGGAGAGCGCCACGUACAGGACAGUCUGAGGUCACCUGGGCCCGGGACGCCCCUGGACCCUGCGGGAAACCGGCGCACGGACACCCGGACUCUGCCCUUAUACUCCGCCUUCGGUUCGGACGAGGUGCCGCUUUUUGCGGAUCUGGACCAGGCCGGGAAGCUUGGCACACACAAAUCCGGGCUUAUUGUGGACCCCGGUGACAUGUACCCCACACUGGCGCUGCAGACCCAGGCCGUGUACGAGCCGUCAGCCUACAUGCACUCCAAUCCCAACUCACCGGUCUACGUACCGACCUCUCGGGUCGGACCCAUGAUCCCGAGCCUGCCGUAUUUGCAACCGAGCGCGGCGUCGCAGCCCAGUCAUGCAGUCAGCAGUCACGCCGCCUGGCCACAGUCUGCACCCGAGAGCCCCUCGUCCUACAGCACCGGGAGCCCUCACGCCACCUCCGGCAGGUUUCACUACUCACCCAGCCCGCCCAUGAAUAACGGUACGGCAAGAGACUCGAGUUACCCGAGCGCACUGAACCCGAGCAGCAGGGAGCAGUACCUGUCGCGACCCCUGAGCGGCUCCUACACCGGACCGUACGCACCUUAUGUGGGGGCGCAGCUUCCCCAAAUCCCCACCGCCUGGCCCCCGUCUCCCUUCGAUAACUCCAUGCUGCACACGUUACAGAGCCGAGCGGCACCACUGUCCAUCCGACCCGGACCGGCAGACUUCCUGGAGGACGGAAUGGAGAGUCGGGAGUGUGUGAAUUGCGGUUCGAUCUCCACCCCGCUGUGGAGGCGCGACGGUACCGGACACUUUCUGUGUAACGCCUGCGGUCUGUACAGCAAAAUGAACGGACUGAGCCGGCCAUUAAUUAAACCACAGAAGCGCAUGUCGUCUUCCAGAAGAAUCGGCCUUUCCUGUGCCAACUGUCAGACCAGCACUACGACCCUAUGGCGCAGAAACGCUGAAGGUGAACCCGUGUGCAACGCCUGUGGACUUUACACCAAAUUACACGGGGUGCCACGACCCUUGGCUAUGAAGAAAGAAGGUAUUCAGACCAGGAAGAGAAAACCGAAAAACUUGAACAAAACAAAGGGAUCAUCUGGAAACAGCUCUGUUCCUGUAACUCCAACAUCUUCAUCAUCCUCCACUUCAGACGACUCAAAGAACAACAGUCCUCCGUCAACGGUGUCGAUCACUUCAGUCAAUUCAUCUUCCAUGGUGGGUCAGAUAGACGUAUCAGGAACUACGGGCUCCAUCGUGAAGUACCCCGGCCAGGACGGCCUGUACACUAGUGUGGGAUUAAUGUCCAACGGCGACGUGGCGGCGUCCGUACGAGGGGACACGUGGUGCCCCAUGGCUUUAGCCUGACACUCAGUGGGGUGGGAUUAAACCCGCUCUUAUUCUACUCCUCCUGUCCAGAUCGUUCGUUUGGCCGCUCCAGACGCGGUCCGGCGUCGGCCUUCUGUUCUUGAUCCGUGCUCACCGCCGUCCUUCAGCUUCGGAGAGCUCUUGCAGUCGAUUUGUGCAAACUACUAUUUUUGGAAUACACUCUGGAGGUGAUGAGGGAGACUUUUAAGUGCUGAUACCCAGCGAUGGAGGACCGUCAGGCUUUGAUCACAUCAUGCCUUUGGUACUUGGUACUUGAGAACACACUGCACUAUGAGUGUUGCUCUGAGGAGUACGUGGAUCAAAACGACAAUAUCGUGUGUACAUAUUACUGCUAAUGGAUUUUCCCGAGACCCGAGGUGAAGAAGACUAUUUUCCGUGGGUGUUUAUGCAAUGUAAAACUUGGUCUGAAACUGGAAUUGAAGAUGUACCAACAACUCUGUUGUGAAUGAAAUGUAUUUAUAAAGCUGGAUGUUAAGAUUAACGCUUAUAUUUGUCAAAUAAAGAGAAUGUCUGUUAGAGUAGGACUGAAGUGUUUUUUAUGAGUUUCUUUUGUUUGCUGUUCAGUUCACGACAGAUGAUUUCUAAUCUGCACGUCUUUCUGGGUGAGAAAAGCUCUUAUUGAAUUGAAGUUUAAUUAUAAUGGUUUAAUACAGGGUAUCAGAAUUAAAAGGACUGCUAGCUUA